AUGUACUAUACGACUAUGAUGAGUAGAUUUCCCUCGUUAGGGAUCCGAACAAAUAGUAGAUCUAUCACAAUAAGAUCAGUCAUAAGACACAACUAUCAUAUUUCAACGAGGUUUUUGUUUUCUAAAGCACCAUCAAAAGAGCCAGAUCAUCCCAUUUUAAAGAGAAUACCUAAAUUCUUGCAUCCAUAUGCUCAAAGAUUCAUAAAUGCACCAUUGUCACACGUUACUUCUUUCAUUAUUUUGCAUGAAUUGACUGCCAUAGUGCCAUUAGUGGGGUUCUGGUACCUAUUCCAUAAAUAUCACUGGGCAGUACCUAUGGACCUUCCGUCUUGGGCCAUUGAAAAAGGAACCAAAAUAAUAGAUGAAUCUAUGAAGACGUUUGAUUUUUCCAAUUUUAAUGUUCAUGAAAGGGCGAAGUUUAUCAUGGAAGGAGCUUACUCCUACGUUCUUGUUAAAUCACUAUUCCCCAUUCGAAUUAUGAUCAGUUUGGGACUCAUGCCAAGUUUUGCUAAGUACUUUGUAAUUCCUUUCACUAAGAUUUUCAAGAGAUCAGAUAAAAGUAGCAAAGCCAUCAACACGAAAGUUGAUACGAAAGUUGAUACGAAAGUUGAUACGAAAGCAGAAACAAUCGAUGGAGCCCAAUUGAAGAAGGUUAAAAAACCAAGAUUGUAG